UAAUAAUAAUAAUAAUAAUAAGUAUUACCGGUGCAUGAUAAAAGCAAAAUACGAUGUUGUUUAACUUAACUCUUGUCUGCUUGUCAACAACUCAAUCACUUUCUCAGUUGUAAUAUCUAAACAUCAAACUCAAUCACUUCCCUAACAUUCAGAAGAAAAAAAAAACAUGGCUAAUUAUUCCCAAAUUCAACCAUUAACAAAAACUCCAAAUUCACUGCAAAAUCUGAAGCACAAUUCCAGAAAUCUCUCAUUUUUAUCAUCUCAAACUAUUGCUGUCAAAUUUCGCAAUCCCAAUUACUCAAACAUCACUAAUUCACCUUUUUCCACCACAAUUUCCGCCAUUUCCACUGCUCACCAAUCUAGGGUUCCUCCCGCACUUCCAUUGCCACCUCCUCCGAUCACCAAGUUCAAGAUUGCUCUUUGCCAAUUGUCAGUUACAUCUGACAAAUUGAGGAAUAUAUCACAUGCUCGUGAAGCAAUUGAGGAGGCUGCAAACAAGGGUGCUCAGCUUGUUCUUCUGCCUGAAAUAUGGAACAGUCCCUAUUCAAAUGACAGCUUUCCAGUUUAUGCCGAAGAUAUUGAAUUAGGUGGUGAUGCAUCUCCCUCCGCAGCAAUGCUUUCUGAAGUUUCGAGAAACCUUAAAAUUACGAUAGUUGGUGGUUCCAUACCAGAGAGAAGAGGUGAUCGGCUUUAUAAUACAUGCUGUAUUUUUGGGACUGAUGGGAAGCUAAAAGCUAAACACAGGAAGAUACAUCUUUUUGACAUUGACAUUCCAGGGAAGAUGACUUUUAAAGAAUCAAAGACACUUACCGCUGGAGAGAAUCCUACCAUAGUUGACACAGAUGUUGGGCGCAUCGGCAUUGGUAUCUGUUAUGAUAUCCGCUUUCAAGAAUUAGCGGCAAUUUAUGCAGCAAGAGGUGCUCAUUUGCUCUGCUAUCCUGGAGCAUUUAAUAUGACCACUGGUCCAUUACAUUGGGAACUUCUACAGAGAGCUAGAAUUUGGCAAUGUACAGCUAAAAUCUAUUGCUUCUCAGUUGAACCUAGGGCUCGUUCACUCUGUAAAUGUUGCUGUCGUGCUGAGUCUGCAGGAGUAUUAGUGUUUGCAAAUUCACAAAGAUCUAUGAGCAGGCAAUUAGGCAUGCUGCAUUUUCUGUCGAACUAUGACAAUGCUUUCCCUUGUAGGAUUUCAAGAAUUGCCAAAUAUAGGGAGACUGGGAGAGUGAUAUAAAUAAAUAAAUAAAUAAAUAAAAAGAAUAAGUAGAGAAGCUAUUUUACAGCAAUCUGUUUUAUGUGUUUGAUCUGGAGAGUGGAUACUAUUAUUUGUGCCAUUAUAAUACGACAAGACUAGAAUGAAAUGAUGAUGUGGGGAAGGUGCUGAAUAUAAUUAGUUGGGGUCUAGGAGGAAGGGUCUGGCACAAUUUUAUUUUUUAUUUUUUAUUUAUUUAUUUAUUUAUUUUAUUUAUAGAUUUUCCUUCCACAAUUUUCUUCCCUACCUCAACCCUUGCCUCUACCCCCAUAAUAAACAAAAAUAAGAAAAAUGAAGGGAUUACUGGUUUAGGAUGAGGUGUGGCUUCUGGAGGAGCUCUCUAUGAAAUUAAGUUGCCAUCAAGUUUCGGUAUUAUUAUAUAGGGUGAACAUAUUGUAACUAGUAUUAAACAAUGUCACGAUGAUGUUCCCGUCUUGUAUAAUUACGUCUUUACUCAAUUCCAUAAAUUGAUGAUAAAAUAUCAUCAUCUCAGAACAUAGUUAAUACAUCUUGAAAAUUGGCUGAAAUUGUUUUGAAACUAUACAUAUCAAAGUGUAUGUAUUUCACCUUGAAAAAAAGUGUAUUUUGCAUUUUAGGACAAGGAUUAUACUGUAUUUCUGUACCUCAAAGUGAAGUUCCUGUUUCUAAUGAACUCCUUUUAUAUUUUUUUAUCCGUGGAUUAUGCAGGGCAGCAGAUAAUCAGGUACUCCACUGACCUUGUUUAUUGUGAAGUAUUCCCAUUGGAUAUUACAUGAUGAAGUCUGUAUAUGACACUACAUUAUGACUACCGUGUUAUAGCGAUUUGCUGGUGAAGGGGAUGUAUGAUAAUACAUUAUUACUACCAUGUUAUAGUGAAGGUGGUUCUUAUUGUAAUUUUUAACCAAGUUUAAUGAACUAGACAUUUAAAAUUUGAAUAAACUUGCUCAAUCUUAGGGCUUCACAAUUAGAGGGCCUGUAUUUUCUACAUGUUUCAUGUUAUUGUGAAAGUGUCUAUGUAUCUUCUUUA